CCCCUCCCGGCCACGCCCCGCGCGGGAGGGGUGGGCGGGGCCCGCGGGGAAGCGCGCCGACCUCCCAGCCAGGUGCAGCGCGGGCUGUCCGGUGGCGGACGCGGCCGGGAGGGGAGUUUGGGUCUCCUCCUGCCUGUGCUGCGUCCCUGCGCCCUCUCGGCCGGAUGCCCAGGACACUCAGAACCCAGGAGCCUCCCUCCUCCAGGAUCGGAUGCUCAUCCCUGGCAGCUGAUUCUUCUAGUGGCAUUGGAUUUGAGAGAAGAAUUCUUGAAGAUCAAAACAUGGAGAAUAGAGCAGUAAUGGUAGAACGUGAAGCGGCUCGGACACCAGCUGGCCAGAGGCAUCCGGAGCCAUGUCAGAACUUUGAGCGAGGCCUGGUGACAGGGACCGGCUGUCACCCACCAGUCUUCCCAGCUCGGCUUCAAGAUGCUGAGCCUGAAGCUCCCCAGGCUGUUCAGCAUAGAACAGGUGCCCCAGGUGUUCCAUGAGCAGGGCAUCCUCUUCGGCUACCGACAUCCACAGAGUUCCGCCAUGGCCUGUCUCCUCAGCCUUUUCCAAAUGACGAAUGAGACCCUCAACAUCUGGACGCACUUGCUGCCCUUCUGGUUCUUCACGUGGAGGUUUGUGAGCACCCUGCGUGUGACGGACGUCCUGAAUGACAGCUACGCCUGGCCUCUGCUCGUGUACAUGGGUGCCAGCUGUGUGUACCCCCUCGCAUCCAGCUGUGCACACACCUUCAGUUCCAUGUCCAGGAACGCCCGGCACAUCUGCUACUUCCUGGACUACGGCGCCGUCAACCUCUUCAGCCUGGGCUCGGCCAUCGCCUACUCUGCCUAUGUAUUCCCGGACGCACUGGUGAACACCGUCUUCCAUGACUACUACGUGGCCCUGGCUGUGCUGAACACCAGCAUUAGCACCGGCCUCUCCUGCUAUUCCAGGUUUCUUGAGGUCCAGAAGCCCAGGCUCUGUAAGAUGCUUCGUGUCCUGGCCUUCGCUUAUCCCUACACCUGGGACUCCCUUCCCAUCUUCUCCAGGCUAUUCCUCUUCCCCGGGGAGAGUGCACAGAACGAAGCCACCUUGUACCACCAGAAGCACAUGGCCAUGACCCUCCUGGCCUCUUUCCUCUACUCCGCGCAUCUGCCGGAGCGCCUGGCUCCUGGACGCUUCGACUACAUCGGUCAUAGUCACCAGCUGUUUCAUGUGUGUGUGAUCCUGGCCACACACAUGCAGAUGGAAGCCAUCCUUCUGGACAAGACUCUAAGGAAGGAAUGGCUCCUGGCCCACUCCAGGCCCCUGUUGUUCUCUCAGAUAGCCGGAGCCAUACUUCUGUGUCUCAUCUUCAGCCUCAGCAACAUAAUUUAUUUCUCAGCUGCUCUGUAUCGGAUUCCUGAGCCAGAAUUACAUAAAAAAGAAACAUAAUUCAGACCAUAAGCUUUUUGUGCCAAAUGUCAACAUUAAGCUACAACUUCCUAACCACCAUAAGCCAGUGUCAUGGUACCAGUUUACAGUGGCCUAAAAUAUUUAUAAUGGUUGGUGUCUUAGCAUUUUUGAAUGGGUUCAUGUCAAUAAGGUAUUGACAUAGGGACAUUUCUCUAGACGUGCAUUGGUUCCGUAUGUGUGAUUUUAAAAGGGGAACAUGGGUUCAAGUAAGUCCUCAUUCAGGCAAAUCAUUAAUAUUUCAUUUAGUUUUUAAUUUAUUUAAAGUGAGUUCUCCAAUCCUGUUUAAACAAUUGGAUUAAGCAUACCUCCCUUGUAGCUUUACUAUUGAAAUAGUUGGAUUAAGCUUUACUACCCUUGUAGUAUUACUCUUGCAGAAUGCAACGUGCUUCAUCUGAUGAGUUUCAUGUAACAAAGCCUCUCCCAAGAGCUCCCACAGUGGGAAGAGAAUGAGCUGGAAAGGUCAGUAGGGGAACCUGAGAAAGAGUAAGUUGGGUCUGUGGGAGCCCUGGGGGCUGGGAAGGCAUUCCAGAAUGAAGAAACCUGGUUUGGGGAGUGGUCUUCUUCCUUUUCCCACCUAGUGAAGGGAAUGAAUAGAAAGAGAGUCCUCUUUUCCUACAAGUACAUUCUUUUUCACAAUGCAAGGUUCCCAUGUCAUUAUAGAUUUGGAUUUUCUUAAAAGUCCAUAGCCUGUGGCUAAGUGUUACAUGUUCUGUUUUGCUCUGUUUUCUUGUCACCAGUUUGAUGCUGCCAAGUAUUAUGCAGCACAGGUAAAAUGUGUUACCCAGUGGGCAUUGGCUGAGUCAAUCACAAUUUGUUGUGCUUGUCUGUCACCUUUUAAGCCAAUGACAUCACGAUAUUUGGGGAGGUUAUACAUUUGAUGUUGCUUCAGCAUUUCAUAUAUGCUGCUGAGUUUAGUGUUCAUGUGCAGAGGAUGCUAAAGACCUUGCCAAAGGGAUGGAAACACUUGGUGAGCUUGUGACAAAUGUAGAUUCCCCAGGCAAAUCAGGAGAUGCUGCUUUACUGGUUUAAAAUGUUGGUUUCCUGGAGAAGAUCUACACUGGAGAAAGUCCCCCAGGUGAUUCUGAGUCAGGAGGGCCAUGGGCCAAACUUGCAGAAAUGCUGAUGUCACAAAUUCCAGAAGGUACUGGGCCUAUCAGCUUUGUUUUGAUUGGUCUAACUUUUAGCAGCUCACCACCUAAGAAUGUGUCUCCUGCUUUCUACUCUGUGGAGUAUUACAAAACACUGAGUAUUUUCUCAUCUGUUGCAUUACUAAUUAAAGUUCACUGUUUCAUGAUGUUUUCAGAGAGUACAGAAAUGCUGACACAAAACAGUUUUUAACAGAAGCCCAUCACUCCCUGAUGUGCACUUGCUAAUGACUUAAGGGGCCAUCCAUCACAAUGCAGGAUCCUCUUUUGCUGACUCCGGAGCACCUCCAUAUCUUAGUAUACUGCCUCUAUGGUUUACUGGCCCAGACACUCGAAUGGCCUUAUAAAUAGCUCAUCGUCCAAUCCUCUGAGGACAAGUAACAAUUUAUAUUGGAUGCGAGUGGUCAAGAAAUAUGAUUUCAUUAGUUUUAUUAUCUGUUUACUUCCUCUGGGGAAGGUAGACUGAUAAAAUUAUAUGGGCUGGUAAAUUUUAGGUGCAUUAAUUGCCAGCUGCAUGACAAAAUUUGUUUUUCUGGCAAGAGGCUGACAUUGUUAGUGGAAUCUUACUCCAGCAGGGUCUGUGGGCUUCCAUUUCAUGUUAUUGUAACUUCAGUCUUAUGGUGGACAAAGGUACAAAGUUUAAAUACUCCAUUCUAGUAAUGCCAAAGGCAUGAAGGCUUUUAAAUUCUCUUGUUUAUAGAGAGUAAAAUAAGGUUCUUCAUUUAGCUCAGAAGUAGUUGAAAGAUAACGGGUGACUAAUUUGAAGGACUUUUAGAUUAUUUAAUUUAAUCUUUGGUUACGUUGCUUUUUCAGCAUGCUUAAUGACGAAAAUGAAAUGUUAAAUCAACAAAAUAAGACCAGAUGUUUCAUAAUGUUUUUAUAAGUUUGGUAAACUUAGUCCCAUUGUAACUUUUGGACAGUGUUACAAAUUAAAAUUUUAUAACAGUUUGCAGUACACUGAUUUGGACGCUUCUAAUGUUGAGUGAGAAUGGGUUCAAAUAUAUUAAUUAUCAUUAAGUAUUAUGAAGUCUAACGUGAGUAUAGUUUUGCCUAAGCCAUUCCGGAAAUUAAAAAGUUUGGCAGUGGGUCAGUUGAAACCUCACUGGGAAGAUGUCUUUUAAUGUAGCAGUUCUCGCAUUGUUUUCAUGUCUCAAUACACUUUAGAGAUGUACCAUAUUCCCACUGCUGUCUCCAAAGGCAGUGGGGAGCGACGGGGGAGAGAAUUCCUAAAGAGAUGUAUUUCUUCCCCCUCCUCCUGCUUGAGAAACACUACUCUAAAAUUUGCCAGUCAUUUUUGUUGUGAUAAAACUCAGAUAUGUUUGAAUGAGGCCAUUUAGUCAAUUGCCCCAGAGUUUCAUUUUCCUUUGCUCAGUUCUUAGAAAGGAACUCUCCCUCUUCUUUCUAAAGACAUGAAUUUGUCAUUGUUGAUUAGAGUUAGAAGUGGGAUGUUCAGAAGCCUUUUGAGUACAAAGUGAUUUAAAUAUUUGGUCUGCUGCAAUCUUUCUCAAAGUUUUUUUGUGGAAGGAACUCAGCUCCCAGGAGAUGUUCUGAGGAAGGCAGGGUGGAGAGGAAUGCUGUUUUCGUAUGCAUUGGAGAAACCUUUCCUUUGGAUCUGCUGUGUCCCAAAUUUGUUUUGGUCAUGGUACCCUUUUUAUGUGAAACACCUAUUAACACUGUAUAACAACACUUUAUGACAUAUUGUUGAAUGCCAGCCUCUGAUUUUCCAGUCGACAAUCCAUUAUGGAUGAAAAGGCAGAGACCUAUGUCCAAACUCAGAGAUGUUCUUCCAACUUAUACUAAUGUCUGGUUUUCUUAAACUGUGUGGAAGAAAAAAUAAAAUAAAAUGUAUUUAUUAUAGGAAAGUC